AUGCCCGCUCUUGCACUGCCACGGGGACACGAUACCGCAGAUGCGCUUGCCAAGCUGCACUUGAGCGCUAAGUCGGCCCUCCGCGAUGCCGAUGCCCCUCCCUCCCCAGGUCGACGCGAGGCAUUGCAAGCCUCCGAAUCUCAGCAGCAGCUAGCAACAAAGGAAGACGACGAGGAGCCGCAAGGUCCAUUCGAGGGUCCAGAGAAGCUCCUCGAGCUCUGGUUCGCCCCUUCAGCUUCAGCACUUCCCAACACAGCUAUGAGUGGCACAUCAGCUCAAGGUCCUAAGAGGGGUCUUUGUGCGAUAGAGAGACCCAGAUGGGAGGCCAUGCUGGAUCUUGUCAGCUGUAAAGUGUUGAGCGUGAUCGAGAACGAGAACUGCGACGCAUUCCUGCUCAGGUGAGUUUGUUGGAAAUCUCACCACGCCUCAAUGUUUGGUUCGCAAGCUAGAUGUCUUACCCCCUCGCUUGGUACCAUGCAGCGAAUCUUCAAUGUUCGUCUUUCCCCAUAAGCUCAUUCUCAAGACCUGCGGUACGACGACCCUUUUGCUUGGGCUGGAGCGCAUCUUGCGUCUCGCGCACGAAGCGCUCGGCCAGGCGCUUCCUGCUGAGGCGGAGGUCGAGGAGAAGCCGAUCGCGUGCUCCGACCCUUCAGUGGUCAUCUCUUCACGCGAAGAGGAGUCCGCUCGAGCACUCGGUCGUAUCGUGCAGACGGCAUUCUACUCUCGAAAGAGCUUCAUGUUUCCCGAGAGGCAAAAGGGACCACACAGGGAUUGGAUGCUGGAAGUGGCGGUGCUGGACAGGUACAUCGAGAGGGGCUCCGCCUACACUGUGGGGAAGAUGAACGGAGACCAUUGGUUGUUGUACAUGGCUUUAGCCGAUGCCUCAGACCAAGAGCAACGAGCUGCAUCAGUCUUUGCAAACAAGCUGAUUGGACUCCAAGACGAUCACGCCCCCAUCGAAAGGCCUCUGGCUCUACCUGCAUUGGGCCACCCUGGAAGCGAUCAAACGCUUGAAGUGCUCAUGACGCACCUCUCACCGGCGUCUUGUGCCCGACUCGCGUAUCCUGCAUCGCUCCUGGCACCGGCUGGAGUUGACCGGGGGCAUCACUUGGGAGAGCAGACCUCCGACCUCUUGGGUCUUAGUGCUCUGUUUCCUAACUCUCAGCUCGACGCGUACGCCUUUGAGCCUUGCGGCUACUCUGCAAACGCGCUUGUUGCCGAGUCCGCCUUCAACGGUGCAGGCUAUUGGACUGUCCACGUCACACCGGAGGAGGACAGCAGCUAUGCAAGCUUUGAGACCAACGUGGAGAUCGAGACUAUCGAGCCUACAUUUGAGGGGUCGGAGGGGGCCGCUGCGGACGAGAACAAUGCGCUCGCAAAGACGGGCAUCAACAGCUUCGAAGGCUUGGUCGAGCGGGUAGUGAGCAUUUUUGAGCCUGGUCGGCUAAGCGUCACUCUUUUUGUCUCCACUUCUCGAGUCGAGGAGAAUGAAUCGGGCGAAGAUGCGUCAGAGGCUGCUGGCCAUGCCAGCCAGGAUGCGGGUACGGAUAUGGAUACCACAUCGACGCUGAAUGCUUCCACUCUGCUCAAUGCCGAUGCUGGCACCAAAUUGCACUCGCUUGAGCUGCUCGGCUACCGACGUACGGACAGGAUCUUGUACGAGUUCGAAGGUUACGACCUCGUCUUUGUCAGCUUCGACAAACGAGGAGCCAGAUUGCCAAGGCGGUAG